ACCAUUCGUGUCGGAUCUCCGCGUUGGGCGCACGCGUCCGCGGUCGGGCUCCACUCCAGCCGGUAACCGCCACUCCGAGCACUGACACCGCCGCAAACCAACCGUGAAUUAGUUAAAUCGUAAAAUUGUUGGACUCCACAAACAUUCUUGUGUAAAUUCGUGACAGUGAGCCAGUGCAAUUGCUAAGGAGAGACGUUGAUUACCAGCUCAAACAAUGUUCGGUUAUUCCUGUUAUACAAGGUGAAAUAACAGCGCGGUCGGGACUUUCAGUUUUGCUGCCUAUUUAAAGGAGUAAGCCAUGUACGCGACUUCAACAGUAUCGACGACGUCGGGCUCCGGCCGGGCUCCGUGCGCUGCGGCCGUGGAGCGCCGCAUGCGCGUCGUGAGGUUGCUGCGCCCUCGCCGCUCCGCACCAGCCUUCGGCUUCUCUUUACGCGGGGGCCGCGAAUACCCAACCGGGUUCUUUAUCUCGAAAGUCGAAUUCAAUUCGGAAGCUCAUCUUCAGGGACUAAAGGUGGGCGAUCAGCUGGUGAGCGUCAACGGGUAUAGGGUGGACGACGCAGUGCACGCAGAGCUGGUACAUUACCUCUCCUCGCAGUCUCGCCUGAAGAUCAAAGUGAGACAUGUUGGAAUAUUGCCAGUCAAAGAUAAGCCUCACGAGAGUCUAUCGUGGCAGUUCGUAUCGGAGCGGGCAUCCCUGGCGUCGGACGUGUCGUCAUCUCCCACACUCUGUCAUGACACAGAGCGGCUGACGGAUCUCCGGCUAUCUAUACUGGUGCCACCGAGAGCUAAGCUUGGAUGCGGAAUUUGCAAAGGUCCUGAAUGGAAACCCGGGAUUUUUGUGCAAUUCGUCCGAGAAGGUGGAAUAGCUCGCGAAGCUGGUUUAAGACCUGGAGACCAAAUAUUAUCGUGUAAUGGACAAGACUUUGCAAAUAUUUCAUUCAAUGAGGCUAUAUCAGCAAUGAAGGCUACGGGUCGCCUCGAGUUGAUAAUCCGAGAGGGGGCGGGCGCCGAGCUGGUGUCUCCAGAGAGUUCAGGGUACAACAGCUCUGCAUCAUCAGCCGCAGGAGAACGAAGUCCAGCCCCACCCGCCACUCCUCUCGCUCCCCUCGCCCCUCCAGCGGCCCUGAGAAGAAGACUCGCCAGCGUCGCUGAAGAAGCCGCCGAUCGAGCUGAUAGGUUGACUAUGAAUAGACUGAAAAGAAGGACAUGGGAUAGUUUAGAUUUUGAUUGGAAAAAUCGUGACAUCCAUAACUUCGAUGUCCCAUCAGAUAUUGAACCAGAUUACGACAGUCCAAGCAUACCAAAUAAUCCUCACACUUAUGAGAAUAAGAAUAAUCAGAGAUGUAAAAGUAAGGAUUUUGUCACCAGUCCGUCAAACAGGACAAUAAUUAAUUUGACAGAAAACGGCGCAACCAUUCAAUGUAGUUAUGAUAACCAGUCGCCUAAGAAAAGUACGCUUGCAUCGACCCAUACGAAUAGAGAUAAUGAUAAGAAGACGAUAGUGGUAGAAGUCCAUCACACAAGCGCGCCCGCGUGCGGUAAACCGCACUGUAGCUACCCACCGCCGCCGAAAAAGGAUUUAAUUUCAGACUCCACCAGUGUGUCAAGUUCAACCACGCUUUCUAGUGCCAUUGCAGAGGAAAUACAGAAGAGGAAGUUGAACAAAAAGAACGCAAAUACUGAUAAAGUGAUAACAAAUCCUGUCAAGAAGACGAAUGUAUCAAAAUCAAUAGAUAAUGAUAAGAAAAAACAACAUGAUGCACUUAUGGAUGAAUUCAAGAAAGUCCAUAGGAAAAUGUUCGCUAAUCAGGAACUUGCCAAAGAAGCACCACAUAUGAGCAACAGUGAAGACUCCGACAAUUUGGAUCGCCAGCAGACGUUGCCAUUAAGGAAAAAUGACCAAACUGCACCUGAUGUGGCUACAAUCAACCACCCUCAACUAACACGAGAAGCAACUGACAACCCUCCCCCUCCGCCACCUAUGCCAGUUACAAAUGGUCAUCAAAAUGGAGAAGACUUACAAAAAUAUGUAGAAAAAGUAAAUGAAAAUUUUACAAAAUCGGUUAAUAUCGACUUUAACAAAGUAACAAAUUUAAAAAAAAAUGGCACAUUAGCGAGGACACCAACACCUGAUUAUAAUAAUAAAUUAGAUAAUUCUACAAAAGCAAAAAACAAAGAUGAAAACGUCGAUCUGGAAUCGCUCGAAUCGUUCAAAUUGAAGAAUCCCACCAAUGUCUUGCCAAAACCGCCAUCGAAUUACUUCAUCCGGGCUCCAAAUGGUACGGCCACGAUGAAAAAACAUGCUAGACCUGUUUCCGUGACUAUUGGAGAGUAUGCUAGUAAUGGUGGCGGAAGGCGAGAGCCCACAAAGCUAGACUUCCUAAACGGCGAAAAGUCCGCUAAUGGUCAAGUUCAUGAUGAAGUCUCUAUUUCAAAUAGGCUGCAAUCUGAGCUAGCCUUGACUUUGUCUAGGUCAAACUUGCGUAAGAAGACUGAAGCUCUCGCAGACGCUGGGCGAUGAAACAUAUCAAGGGAAAUAGAAUAUUAAUUUCAAAAUUAAAUUUAUUUUGUUUUAUGUACUUAAUUAUAUUCCUUGAAAUAAAGUUAGUACUACGUUAUUUUAUUAUAAUGAAUUGAAUAUUUCAGCCAAAGUUAGAUUAUUUUCUUGUAUUAUAAUUUAUUUUUUAGUGAAGCAUGUGUGUUUGUUUACAAAGUAAAUGAUUCGUGCCAGAGUAUAUAACUGAAGAAAUUAUAUGUUCAACAUUAAAUAAAACCGAUGUUAACAUUUUUUUUCUAAUUUGUUUAGCUUGAUCAAUUAAUAUGAUGUAACUCGUAGAUGUAUAAUUCAACUUGUACAGAAUGAUUUUGAACGUACUAAGUCAUAAAUAAAAAGUGGUAGUAUAUAAAAUAUACAUUAUA